AUGGCGCUCUACCGCUCGACCUGCGCCACGCCUCCAUCUGCGGGCACGUUCGGCGUUCGAUCCCCGGACGCAGACCGAGGGCGAGGGCGGGGGGAAGCACCCUUGGUCCAAGAUGAGAAGAGCGGCUCAGUGCGCGGCAGCAAAGGGCCCUCCCCACAACGUUCCACCGCGGGCGAAGCAAGAGGUGGAGAACAGCGAGACGGAGGCCUGCUCCCAGCGUCGAUGUCGAAUGUUGGCCUGGGGAUCACCACAAGCAGCUCCACGUCGAACGCCGCGAUGUCUAGAAGCGACUCCGGCGCCGCUCUAAGUGUUGGGUCAUCAGGCCACACGCCCGCUUUCAUGACCCCUGACUUGAUCCCUCAAACCCCCGCCACCGAGCAGCAAGCUUUCCAGCUGGAUUUGCUGCCGGCAACUAGUGCCGUCGGCGCGGACGAGAACCAAGAUCGUCGACCUGACCCUUCGUCGUCUGCUGGCCCGGCUUGGAACGCCGAGCCUGAAUCCUCCGGAAUGGCCUUGCUCGGCUCCGCUUUGCGGUCUCAGUUCGCUCUCUAUUUCUCGAGCAACACAAGUCUGCCUCUUUCGAGCGGCUCUGCCCAAGGUACCGGGGGGCACUCGGCCUCACACGAUGCUGAACCAAAUUCUUCGAAUCCGCAGCUUGCCAGAUUGCGUUUGAAGCAGAGCAAGUCAUCACUGUGGUCGCGAAUGCGAUCCCGCGAGGCACUGCGGCCUAGCACAGCUCACAGCGAGAUGGGUUCGAAAGCGGCGACGGUGGGACGUCCCAGCUCAGAGUUGGAAUACACUGGCGUCCAAUUCUGGGAUCGACGAGGAAGUGCUGCAGAUUCCGGUGCGCACGGUGCGCCAUCGUCUUACGUACUUCAAGAUCCUCGAACAGCCGAUGCUGAGCCCCCCCUCACCCCGCUGAAGGCCAGAGCAGUGCGCUCGCCGGCAUCAAGCGCUUCGAACGCUCCUCAGAGAAGCAUCUCGAUCCGCUCUGGGCCACCUCUCGUCGGGCUUGGCAUUGCACAGACGCCUGAAAGACCCGUGUCUAUCCUGCGCCGCGGUUCUGCCCACGACGCAAUCUCAGCUCUGAAUGAUGCCACUCGUGAAAGGCUCGGUGCCUCCGUGGACAUUGGGCCUAGUGCCCCGCGAGACUCCUCCGCAUCGGCUGGUAGCAGCAGCGGACCACGUUGGAGCGGAAGCGGGGGGCAUCAUAGCAUUGGGAACCUCUCUGGGAACUUUUCCCACCUGAGCUUUGUCCAAGGGCCUGCAGGAGGAAGACGCAUGAGCCGGGCCAGCGACGACAUGCCAGAAGCUGCCGCAAUUCCUGCAUAUGCUUUGUCAGCCAGACACGCUAGGAUGCAGCGUCUGAGCAUGAUCGAAAGUCAUGGAGGGGAGGUCUCAUCUGUAGAUCCAGCCUCGCAAAGCUCUGCCGUGGAAGAGCACGACCGUCGCCGCUCGACCCGGCGUCCCACGAGUCUGGUGGCUUCCGAGCGCCCACCACGUAGCUUGGAUGCGAAUAGCAGCCUCAGCAGACGUUCUGUUGAUGCGCGAAGCUCCGAAGCAGAAGGCUUCGCCUACAUGGCCAAUCGCGGUCCGAUCCUUCCGAACGCAUUUCAGCACGUCGACCAUCAAGUACUGAGCGCCGAAGACUUCCGUGCGAUGAUUGCAUCCAUCCCACAUGCAGCAGUUGCUGGAUCGUAUGCUUCGAAGCGAAAGGCAGGCGGAUCCACGUGGGGCAAGACGCACGCACGGAUGCUUUGCUUUUCCCUGUUUCAAGUGACCUUUGCUGCUCUUUGGGGCGUCUUUGAGGCCCCUUACCUCGCUCAAGCCAUUCAUCCCUCCGUGGUCGCGGUGCAGGGGUACCUGUUCCUUGGCAUGAUGGUCAACUUUGUUGUAGCGGUCUUUAGAGAACCAGGCGCCUUGCCCAAGGGCCUUGACAGGGAUCCUCCUUAUGGCGCUAACCGUGCGUUUGCAUCGCCCGUUCCCGGCGCUGAUCAGGACGGUCGGACAACGCCAGCGCCCCAAAAUUCGGAUGCGGUGGUACUUGAUCUGGACGAAGAUUCGCCGAGAAGACGUCUUGCCAUUGCAAAGCUGCGACAACAGCUGCGCGGCGCAGCGGCGUCCGCCUUGCCCCGGGCUGUGGCUGGCGAUACGCAAGCGCGGGGCUCGGGUCUACAGCUCCGAGUAGGGGGAACCACGAGCGAAAAUGUUGCGAAGCGCGAGGCGCAAAGCGCAGAAUUCAAAAUCAGACCACCAAAGGGCGAGCAAGCUGCGGACCAAGUCCAAAGCGGAACGAAGCGCGGGCGGCGAAGGGCUUCAACGACUUCUCAAGCUAGACGAGCGACCACUCUCAUGCCGCUGCAGGUGGAGACCUCUGUUCGCGCAAUCCCCUUCGUCGAUCGUGAAGGUCAGAAGACGUGGCUGAUAUACGAAGGCGAUGAAGCAGACCGCUUCACGAGGCGGCAUCGAAUUUUCAGGCCACUUCGACUCUCCGGUAAACACCUCGUCAAAGUCGUUCGUGGGCAAAGGUUGGCCGGUCACUCUUUGCCACCGUUGGACAUCGAGAAGGAGCCUUUGCCCAAGAGCGUGAUGAACCUGUCCUACCACACCGACUGGCUGGGCAGCGAUGUCGGCACACGCGAGACGCUCAUUUCGCACAAGUUCAGAAAGAGCAUAGGCAAGCGGUGGAAGGUGAAACCGCCUCCACCACCCAUGGCAGCUAGCUCGAGGUUGAAGAACGCCUUGCAAAGCUUGUGUCUGCCCAUCAUCAGCCUUGGGCGCACAGCCGACCAAUCGUCGAUCCCGGCCAAGUAA